CGGCGGGGACAGCGGCGGGCGGUGAGCGGCCCCGGCCCCCGGGAAGCCACGGAACCCGGUACCCCCCCAUCGUGUCCCCCCGAGACCCCUCAUCGAGCCUCAUCGAGCCCCCCGUCGUGUCCCGCAAUGCUGCUGACAUUGCCCCGCCCCCCCCCCACGGCGACAUCCCUGUCCUCCUUCACCGCCACCGCAAACAUCCCUCCCAGCACCCUCCCGCCUCCCGGGGACCCCCGCACCCCUCCCGGAACCCCCAACCUGCCCCUUGGGACCCCCAUCAUCGCACCUUGGAACCUCAUCACCGCCGUGAGGACCCCCACCAACUCCCGUCGGGAAUCCCACCAUCCUUCCCCCGGUUCCCCAUUACCCCCGCUCGGUACCCGCAGUUUUCCCCCUCAGGACCCCCAUCACCUCCCCGGGGAUCCCCCUACUCCCCAGGGACUCCCCCACGCUUCGAGAAGUGACCCCAGAACUAGUUUGGGACGCCCCCCCUCCCCAGUCCCUCGGGCCCCCCGGGCCGUCCCGGCCGUCCCGGUGUCCCCGCUGUCCCGGUGUCACUCCUGCAAUGAGCCGCCCGCUCUCAGUCGGCUCCGUUGGCGGAGCGCCCAGACCUGGGAGGCUGAGGAGGGGUCCCCCCCUUACCGCCCCCUCCCCCCUUCGCAGGCCGCCCCCCUUUUCCGCCUCCUUCUGCCGGGGGCCCCCGGCGGAGCCCCCCGAGCCCGGCCGGGCGGGACGGCGGCUCUGGGCGCGCUGCUGCGCUGCUUCCCCUGCGAGCGGCUGUGCGGGGGCUGCGGGGUGCCCCCCGGGGCGCUGCCCCCGGCCAUGCCGCCCCCGGGCCGCCGCCGCCUGCCGCCCGCCGCCCGCCUGCCGCCGCGCACCUUCCGCAGUUACCUACCGCGCUCUCACCGCACCUACAGCUGCGUGCACUGCCGGGCGCACCUGGCCCGCCACGAGGAGCUCAUCUCCAAGGUGCCACCGCCACCCCCGGGCUGGGUGGGCACCGUCCCUCGUCUGCUGCGACAGCGGGAGUCCCCCUCGCCGCGUCCCCGGGGGGGUCCUAGGACAGCGGGUGUCCCUUCGCCGUGUCCCCAGAGCGCUGAGUUUCUCCCCACGGUGCCCCAAGUGUCCCCCUGUGGUGUCCUCAGGGUGGUGAGUGCUCCCCCUGUGGUGUCCCGAGAAGAGGACGUUCCCACGGUGGCCAGUAUUGCCCCAAGGCAGGAAGCAUCAUACCCGCCAUGGCGCGGUGUCCUGGCGGUGGCAGGUGACCCGUAUGGUGCGCCCACGGAGGUGACCGUCCUCCCCUCAGUGUCCCCGAGUUGGCAGGUGUCACCCUGCGGUGUCCCCAGGCCGGUGGCAGUGCAGCGGGAUGGGAGCAGGACGUGGAGGGAGGGCUGCCGGGGACGUGGGGCCCCACCGGUGACACUCGCCGUGUCCCCACAGUCCUUCCAGGGCAGCCACGGCCGUGCCUACCUGUUCAACUCCGUGGUGAACGUGGGCUGCGGCCCGGCUGAGCAGCGCCUUCUGCUGACGGGGCUGCACUCGGUGGCCGACAUCUUCUGCCAGAGCUGCAAUACCACCCUGGGCUGGAAAUACGAGCAGGCGUUCGAGAGCAGCCAGAAGUACAAGGAGGGAAAGUUCAUCAUCGAGAUGUCGCACAUGGUGAAGGAGAACGGCUGGGACUGAGGCAGGGGCGCAGCUGGGACUGGGGGGCACCUGGGGCAGCACUGGGUGACCCCCUCCUUGGCACCUUCCCUGCGCCCCCCGGUGCCCCCCGGGUGGCACCAGCCGGGGGGUCGCGGGGCUUUUCUAGGACAAUAAAGGCUCUUUUUUUUUUUUUUUUAGGAAGGUGCUUGUUGUCACCUGCCCCCUGCCCUGCCACCACCCUGGCUCACCCUGGCACAGAGCGGGGGCCCCUGGUGGCCCCAGCCUGUCCCUUCCCCUCCUCACACGCAGGAGGCAGGAGGUGUUUGGUGCAUUUAUUGGGACCCCGAGCUGGCGGGGAAACUGAGGCACGGGAGGAGCAGGGACCCCUGGUGCCCUGGGGAGUGUGAAGGAGAGGGGGGGAGAGGGAGAGGGAGGGGAGAGGGAGAGGAAGGGAUGAAGGAAGGGAGGAAGGACAAGGGAAGGAAGGAUGGGAGGAGAGGAGAGAGGAAAGGGGUAAAGGAGAGAAGGAAGGAGGGAAGCAGGGAGAGGAGGAGG